GUGUGCAUAUCUUCCUUACAGAGUAUGUUGGAUAAAGGACAUUGUUGUGGCAGUAACUGGAGGGAACAUGGAAGCAAUGAAGGGUAUUAUUCAGAGGUACCAGCAUAAACGCAUCUCGCUGGUUGAAGCUGGAGUGACCCGCCACAGGUCAAUUUUCAAUGGACUGAAAGCACUGGCAGAGAGUCAGCCCAACUCCAGACUCUCUAGGCCAGAAGUAGUGAUCAUCCAUGACGCUGUGAGACCCUUUGUUGAGGAAGAUGUCCUCCUUAAAGUUGUCACAGCUGCUAAGGAACAUGGGGCAGCAGGAGCAAUCAGUCCUCUUGUGUCUACUGUCAUCAGUCCGUCUGCGGAUGGUUGCUUAGACCACUCACUAGACCGUACCAAACACAGAGCAAGCGAAAUGCCACAGGCCUUCCUAUUUGAUGUGAUCUACGAAGCAUAUCAGCAGUGUAGUGACUAUGACUUGGAAUUUGGAACUGAGUGUUUGCAGUUGGCUCUGAAAUACAGUCAUGUCAAAGCCAAACUUGUGGAAGGAUCACCUGACCUCUGGAAGGUGACCUACAAACGGGAUCUGUAUGCAGCUGAAUCGAUUAUUAAGGAAAGAAUUUCACAACAGAUGUGUGUAGUUAUGGACACCAAAGAAGAUGAAGAACAUGUAGGUCGUUGUCUUGAAGAAAUGCUAAAAAAUGAAUUAAAUCAUGUGAAAGUCACGUCUGGCAGAGAUCUUCAGCAAGUCAUCUUAGAGCAGUGCUACAAUUUUGUUUGUGUGAAUGUUAUGACCUCUGAUUUUGAAAAAACCCAGAAAUUACUGAAUGUGCUUGAUGAGAGUAAUCUUUCCAUUUUAUAUCCUGUUGUUGUUAUUUCGGUGCAUUUUCUUGAUUAUAAAUCAAUACCGUUUGGUCGGAAAAUGGAAGACCUAAUGCAGAUUAAGGAAUUGGCCAGAGAAGUGAAAAAAAGAAAUAUUUUAUUAUGUGGUCUUCUCAUAUACUACCCACAGGAUGAACAGAAGCUACAGGAAAGUUUAAGGCAAGGUGCCACCAUUAUUGCUACCUUAAUCAAAGGAAGAGAUUCUGGACUCAUUGGCCAACUACUCAUAGCAUGAAGAACAUGGAGAAUACCACCUACUGGGUUCUUAGAAAUGGUUACCUAAGUAUCUCUUUUGUGCUUCCCUCCGUAUUGUGUGUGGUAGAAUGUUUAAGUUGUCUUUUAUGUCUUUUAUAAUUUGUAGGAUGUGGUGCUUAGGUUAUAAAAGUGGAUCGAUGUUUUUAUCUGUGGGAAAAAAAAAUCUUUCUGUGCAUGUUAAUUAUAAAUUGCCUGAACCAGAAAAGAAUAGGUAAGUGGACAGUAAUAGCCUUCACAUAAAGAAUCUUUUCACAAAGGCAUGAAAGGUAAAAUAGAAAUAAUGGUGGCUCAGCUAAUUCUUCCAACGAGUGAGAAUUUAGAAAAUGUCAACUAUUAUCUCUAUGUUAAUUAGUAAAUCACAUUAGAAUGAAACUAAUAAAUAAGACUAAGAAUUAUUCUUAAUUCUAACAUUGUCCCCUCUCCAUAUGUUAGCUUGAACUGCAUUCUAAUUUUUUAUGCCUUAAAAAAAGAGAGAGAGCAGUGAACUCCAGUUCACGUAUCUUCAUCAUUAGCCUUACGUUACUCUAGAUCCCUAAAGGAGAUGGACUCUCCUUCUGCUUUUCUCGUGUUUAGUGUAUGUUUUUCUUGUUUUAUGAAAUACAGUUUUGACUUACAUGAUUUUAAGAGGCUUCUGGUUUUUCUGAGUAAGUUAAAAAGAAUACUGGAAAGCUUCAUAAAAAUGAAGUUAUUUUGGUCAAUAUCAAGCUAGGCUUCUUCUAGAAAGCGAGUCCACUGCAUGUCAAAUAAUUAAACUAUUCUUUUGAUACAGAUAACUGCUACCUUUUUAAGUCAAGUUCUUAUUCUUUUAAAUUUCCACUGGUACCUACAUCUUAAAUACUGAUGAUUUUCCCUUUCAUUACAUUUUAUAAUUUUGUGAGCCUAGUCAUUAGAAUGCUCCUUACUCUAUAUAUACAUUUACUUUGUAAAAAACACGUUGGAUUAGAUUGUGCCAGGGCUUAGGCUGCAUGUGGGAACUACAGAAGUUGCACGCAAUGUUUUCAGUUAAAGGUAGACUGUGAAAUAUCUACCUCGUGCAAUCUCUUAAUAGUUGGACGAUUUUCUCCGGAUUUCCCAAGUGUCUGUAGUAGUAGGAGAGUCUGUAUUUUACAUUUCAUGAUAGUAGAGUAUAAUGGGCCUGGAGCAAUUACUGCAAUUCAUUCUUCCACAUGAAAUGUGUUGUUUGCAUGUAGGCUUGGAUCUAUCUAGUCCUGGGCUCACCGCUUUCUCUCUCUCUCUAAGGAGGAAAAGAAGUACAAAAUAAAUCACUUAAUUCAAAAUCUUGAGGGUGAAAGUACAUGGACAAGGUGUGAACGUCUCUGUCGGUCAGGCAGGUGGGCUGUAUCGUAAAGGCACGUGGUGCACCUGUUGAUGUCUUCAGAUGAAAAUGUUUUAAGAAUUUAAAAGUGCUCAUAAGGUGAAAGGGGAAACAGUUGUUACGGUUUUAAAGAGCGGGUGAGUGCCUUUAGGUACAUGGUGGGAAACUGGGCCUUUCUGUGGCACAAGCUAAAUCACUGUAUCUACUGAGGCUAGCUGAGUCCUUGGAUUUCAACUUAAUAAUGGGGUGUUACGCCGGAUAAGAAUUUAUCUUAGAACAGUUAGUAUGCCUUUUCCCUAGGCAAUUGGAAUCAUUUAGUAUAAGGAGAUUUAAUUAAUCAAAUGCUAAGUUGUGCCUGAAGUCAUCAUCAUCGGCAUCAUCUCAUUUGAUUUUUUUCUUUAAAAAAAGUGAUUCAAAGCACUGAAAACAAUUUAAAGCAAUCUCCCUGUAUCCUUUACCGUUUAGAUGGAAGAUGAAGCUCAGAGACCUUCACCGCCUUCUCCAAAGGCUCGUGUCUGCCUAGUAGCAAAAGGCAGAGCUUAAACUCAGGACCACUGAGAAUAACUUUUAAGCUUACCUUCCUGUGUAACAGUGAUUAUGGGCAAAGGACAUCCAGCAGCGAGGCCGUGGGAGGAGAGCCAGAGGCUCCAAAAGAGUGUUGGAAGAAGGGAUGGGAGGGACAGAUCAAUCCAGUUACCAGAGGGAAGUCCUGAAUUUUGGGCUUUUCAACUGUCUUCCCAACGUACAGAAAUUAUAGCUGGGGAUGAAAGGAAUGAAGAGAAUUAUUGGCCAAGAGAGAAAGACACAUGGGUUGUUUUUAUUUGUUAAGAGAUCCAGGGGCAUCUUUAUAGUUAUAUUUUCAUUGCCACUUCUGGAAACUUAAUUACUUUCAUGAGAACUGUCCAUUUUCACUUGAUUUUCCAAAAUCUCUUAAAAAAUAAUAGUAAUUAUUCCUCAGGGUUGCUGAAAUUGCUUUCUACCUGUGAAAAACUUACAGAAAGACAGUUUUCUUUCUAAAUGUACGCUACUUAAUUAAAUGCAAUUUAAAGUUAGCCUCUUUAGGAAGUUAACCCAGUGUGAUCCAUGGUUUGAUUAAUUACUGAUAUUGGUAAGAGGUAGUUUUUUUUUUUUUCCAUGAAAGUGCCCAAUUUGAGAGAUGACUUGUUGCAAUCAUACUCAUCUACAGAUAAAAGUCAGGCCCUGUAUUCUACUUGGAGCCAUUCUAACUGUGGUCACUUAAAGCAUUUUGCAUUGGCUUACCAGGAAAACUCUCUUUUCUCAUGCUAGUUUAUUAUAUAGUUGACCCUUGAACAGCAUGGGUUUGAGCUGCACUGGUCCACUUAUGCAUGGGUUUUUAUUCCAAUAGUAAAUACUGCAGCAUCUCAGAAUCCUCGAUAGGUUGAAUCUGCAGAUAAGGAGUGAAUCACGGAUACAGAGGGCGGACUGUAAAUUGUACAUGGAUGUUCAACUGCCUGGAGGAUGGGCGCCUCUAACCCCAGCAUUGUUUAAGGGUCAGUUGUAACCAUCAAAUUUUACUUUAUAUAUAAACAGUAUUCAUUUUAUAAAAAUCAAGUUGCAGUAGAACUUUUUCUUACCUUAUACCUGUACAUUUUAAUUCCAUUUAGUGUCGAAACUAUAUCAAGAAGCAUAAAUCAUUAAUAUUUUAAUUAAAAUGUUAACGUCAUUUGGGAAAAGAAAGAUUGAAGUUAUUUUUAAAGUUCAAAAAUAAACAGAUAAGUGAAAAAUGCAUAUUGCUCUAGGAUUUAUUAAUAUAGUUUAAAAUGAGAGAACUAGAAAUGGCUGUGUAGGUGGUGUUUGGCAUCAUAUUUAUAUAUAUUCUUAUAUAUUUUUAGUUUCAAAAUUAUGAAAAAUGUAUGAUUUUUUUAAAUGAAGAGUAUUAAAUUUUUAAAUGUUCUCUUUAAAAAUGAAAUACAAGUAAUUGAUGACUAAAUUAUUGAUAUUUUAAAAUCUAAUGACAAUUUGCAUUGAUAUUUAGUGUAUAUGGACAUGUUUUUUUCAAAGUAACUGUCUCAACUGAACAACUAAAUGUAACAUUUAUUCUCAAAAUAUAACAAUGAUGUUUUACAUUACAGAAAGAUAUAAUUUGAGAUUCAGAUAUGUUAUUCUGUAACAUAUAUUAAAAAUUUGCAAAACCAGAAGUCUCAAUUAGAUUUUUUUCUUCUUUCCCUCAUAUUUAGCAGGUUUCCCAGCAAUUAUUGUCACUGCUGAGGAUAUAAAAGCUAUACUGAGUCACACUGGCUAUGAAUGUUGUGACCACUUAAUAAUGUCUGCAUGGGUGUGGUAUGUUUAAUUAUUCAGAAAUAUUCUUUCCCUCCACUGAGCUUCCAUAGGGGAAAUAUAUGUCCACCUCUUGACGUUGGGAUUCAUCAUGUGACCUGCUUUGACCAAUAGGGUGAGUCAGAAGUAGCAGUGCCCCACUGAGACCCUGUAGGUUGCUGCUUGCCCUUCUCCGCUUCUGCCACCACCAUGAGAUGCAGGCGCUCAGCCUCGCCUGCUGCUACUAAAAGAGAAAACCGGAGCCCAGAUGAAGUAAUCUCAGCCAAUGAACAGAUGGAUGAAGAAGCCCAGCUGAGAUCGGCAGGGCCACCCAGCCCCGAUCAGGUGACCUCCAGAAGACAGGCAGUGGAUGCUCCGACAUACUUGGAUAACAGAAGUAUAAGAUGAAAAAGUAGAAGCAAAUACUUUCUUGAUGAACCGGAGUUACAUUUAGACAUUUCUGCCCCAGCAGCACAAUCAGACAUGAAGAGAGAACUUGAAAUCCAUUCACCAUCUUCACAAAAGAAAGGACGGUCUAGAGAAAUGCCCAGGCAUGAGGAGUAUGAAGUCUUCCCUUGCUAUGAGACUCUCCUGAGCACAUAUGUUCACAAUGUUUGCUCGAUGGAAAAAUUUGGAGGUGAAGGUGCUGCCACUAUGGUGAGCUCUACCUGAGCAGAACCAGGCUCUGGGUAUGCUUCUUAUUUUUAUAGUUGUGCUCGGCUGAUUCUUGUGGCUACAGAUUGAGCUAAAAUUAAAAAGGACUGGAAGAACAGAAGAGAAAAACUGGAUUUUUGCCACCAUUCUUCAUCCUUUGCUAACCCUGAAGACCAUUUUCCAAGACUGUGGCAAUACAGGUCUCCUUAGAAAUAGCCGAUGAGAUAGAGGAACAAAGGAUUCAAGCCAAAUGUCCUGUAAAUCUAGCAGCAAAAGCCCUCUGAUCCAAGCAGACAUUGUUAUGACAUCCUGUACCUGGAUUCAGAAGAUUCCCUACGGACAAAAAUGAAGAAUGUGAGUGUGUUAAUCUGCAUUGUAAAGUACGACAAGUUCAGAUUAAGCUACCUGGAAACUUGGAAGCCAAAGGAGUGCCUACUACGUGGCCACCCAGCUUGUGAUAAUUUGUUAUGGCAGCUCUAAGAAACUAAUAUAUCCAGCAUAUCCAACUUUGACAUCAAAUUCCUGUCUGAAGAUAAGGACCAACUGCCACUCUUAUUCACUCUCUUCCUUCCUUGGGCAAGGUGUCAGGAACAAAAUUAAAAUGGUUAAAUGAGACAUCAACUUUACUAUAAUUCUGAUGGUCACAAGAUGAGUGGAGAAAAAAGUGUCUCUAGCAAGAAUAAGGAGGAUUUCUUUAUGCGAAGAGGAAGAGAUUACAGGGAUGCACAUGCACAGAGGAAAGGCCACGUGAGAACAUAGCAAGAAGGUGGCCACGAGCAAGCCACGCAGAGAGGCCUCGGGAGACAUGAACUCUGCCAGCACCUUGAUCUCGGACUUCCAGCCUUCAGAACUGUAAGAAAGUUAAUUAAUGCUAUUUAAGCAACCUGUCUGCAUGUUAUGGCAGCCCUAGCAAAGUAAUAUAGUUGGAAACUGUUGUAUCUUUUUAAAUUUGUGGCUAAAAAUAACUCGCAUCCAUCUGUCUUUUAGAAGUACCAGCAUACAUGACUGUAAAAGAAAAAAUUCAGUUUGGAUGACAUUAGAGGCCUUUUCCUUUCUCUGAGUUUAACAUUAUUUUUAUUAGAGCAGUAAAGAUUUUCACCUUCACAAAUAAUUUAAUCUUAUCAUAAAUGCUCAUGAUAAAAUAUUUAGAAAAUAUAGGACAUAAGAAAAAGAAAGCGUAAUUUCUAAUCCUACUGAGAAUAUUUUGAUAUAAGUAUAUGAACGUAGCCAGAAAUAAAAGGUGAAAUGAUUAACUAUACAUACUAAUUUAUUUCUUGGAUUUCAAAUUUAAUAUAUGAAUAUUACUGUGUUAAAUAUAUUUCAUAUGUACAUACACACAUUUUGAAAACUAUGUCUUCAAAUUCUAUUGCAUUAUUUUAGCAUAAUUAAACCAAUUUACUAUUGCUGAAUAGAUUUUCAAAUUAUCUCAGUGAUAAACAUGAUAAAUAUGAUAAAUUCUCCAUGACAGGAAAUUCCAAAAAUUAACAUCUACAUAUUUUCAGCUGUCGCUCUUCUAAAGCCUUGUCGUCUACCUUCUAAAGAAGGAGGAUACUUUAUUGUCUAAGCAGUUUCAGGCAUGGGGUUUUGCUGUGUUGAUCCAGGAAAUGGAUGAAUUAGAGCUCUGUGUAAGUCUGAGACGCUGUAUUAAUUCAUGUGACGAAGACACAUGCAAGAAAAGAAAAAAAAAACCUGAGCUGAAAAGAUGGAGAAAAGAGAUAGCAAGAGGAAGAACAAUGAGCACAAUCUCUCAAUGUCAUAACUGGACAUAAGGUUGACCAUGUGAACCCCAAGUAUAAUUACCUACAGGGGACUCAGUGCCGUGAACUGGCCCUGACAGCUCUGGCUGUUACAAGCAGUUGUGUUUUGCUUGAAUUGGCUUUCGGAUUUAUCUACCACGCAUGGCACAUGGAUAUUUUUGUCACUGGAUAUUUUACAACAGCUGUGAUCCUGGUGGGGGUUUAGUGAACCAAAGGCCCCUCUGCAUGCAAGCAGUCACCAGGCAUCUAAUGGGUUGAGAGCUGAAAUGACAAUAAAGCGAGCAGAACCAUGCAGCUGUGGACCAAAUGUAAGGACACGGCCUGAUGACAUGAAAGCGACUGCCAACAAAUCAGUAAAUACAGUCCAAGAGAUUUAUUCUUGGUUUUAAAAGCUGAAGAGGUAAGGGAAGAACUUCUGUUUGCUCACUGGUGGGGUGCAGGUCUGAGAGCAGGCAUCUCCCAUGCCAGGCUCAUCAUGCCUUCCCUGGCCAGCACGCUCUCUUCAUUGGCUUCCAUGCUUGCUCUGUAUUGUGAGAACAGAGUCCCUCCGGUUUUCAAGAACCAUGCCAAGGAAGAAAGGAGAAAUCAUCAGCCCGAGUUUUUUUCUGAUACUUUUUUACGGCAGUUUCCAAACAUCAAGUUUGAAAGUUUUACACAUGUUUCUGGAAGAGAUGAGCAUCUGAAUCAGCAGACUGAAUAAAGAAGAUCCACCCUCACCAGUAUGGCUGUACAUCAUCCAACCCAUUGAAGGCCUGAACAGAACAAAAAUGCAGAGGAAAGCUCUGGUGCCUGGAAGUUGGAGAUCAGGAUGCCAGCGGGGUAGAGUUCUGGUGAGAUCUCUCUUCCUAGGCUAGCUAUGGCCACACCUCCUGGCUGUGUCCUCACAUGAUGCAAAGAGUAAUUAAGAAAAUGAAAAUGGAAAAAAAAAAAACAGCCUGGUGGAAACUAUUCACAACACAUAUAUCAGACAAAGAUUUGUAUCAAGACUAUGCAGAGCUCUUCCAAGUAAAUUACAAACAACCACCAUGACCGAAAGAAUAAAAGAUGUGAACAGAUACUUAAAUACUUAACAGAACACUUCAAAUGAUGAAUAAAUACAGGCAAACAGUCUGAAUAUUAGAGAAAUUCAAAUUAAAUCUACAACGAGAUACUACUACACACCUACAAGAGUGGUUAAAAUUAAGAAGACUGGCUAUACCAAACGUUUGUGAAAAUAUGGAGCAAUUGGAACUCUCAUACAACGCACAAAGGAAUCAAAAAUUGUACAAACAUUUGGAAGACAGCUUGGCAAUUCCUUAAAAAGUUAAAAAUUCUUUCCUAUGCCCAGUCCUUCCAGUCCUAAGUAUAUGCCCAAGAGAACCAAAAGCAUGCGUCUGUAUAAAACUUGUGCCAAAAUGUUCAAAGCACCUUUAUGUGUAAUACCAAAAACUGGUUCCUCAACAGAUGAACUGAUGAAUAAUUGUUAUGUAUCCGUACGAUGUAAUACUAUUCGACAUAAAAAGGAAUCAACUCCUGAGACACAACAAAAAUAUAGUAAAGUAAUCUAGCGUUCAUAAGUAGCUUCAUGGUUCCAGAGAGUGACUAUAAGUAAAAGUAUGACUAAUUAUGAAAAUGCUGAAACAUUGACAUCUAAGGUUGAAAUAAACUUUAAGUAGCCACCUCCUCUUAUAGUAUUCAAAAAAAAAAAGUUGAUUUCCAGGCAAAUAGUUAUCCCCAUUAGUGAAUUCUGAGGAUACUUAUAAAACACACUUACCUAAGCAAACAGAACUUUGUACACAUAAACCUUAGUGUAUGUACAUUUCAAAUUUCAGCUAUUUUCUUUUGAUGCUAACCAAAUAAUGAAUGACUGGGCUUGGCUAUGUGUAGUGGUCCACAAAAUAGGUAAUCUUUUUUAUGAUAAUCUGCUUAUAUACAAUAUUUACUAUCUUGUGUUAUUUUUUAAAGUAUGUUAAUAUUUACCUUAAAAAAGCUCUGAUACUACUUGCAACAAUGUAGUUUUAAGCAAAACUGGUAUGAGCAAAGUUGCAUAGUAAAUUGACUUCCCUCUAUUUUUUUUUUUAACUUUUCUAACAUCUGCUCUUUGCUUCCAAACAAACAGGGUCCCCUCCCUCUAGCUUCCAUACCAUGAAGCCUCUCACCAAACUUUUAUUACUUGAAGUCACUGUGACUUGGAGUUCACUGGCUACCACAGCGUGAGCUAGCAUAUCCUGAGUGAUACAGUAUCAUACAUUCCAUUGUCACAGGGGCAUCCUAGUGCAUUGCUUUAAUCUUUGGUUUGUAAUCCAUGAGAGUGACUGUAACGGUAGUUUCUGUCAUGGGACAGGGACCAAGAGAUCUUAUGCAGAUGAAUAAUUGGGCAAAUAGAAGCCAUGCACACACCUCAAAGCAUGCUGUAAGCAGCUACGGAUUCAGCAUACCUGCAGCUGGUUGCUGAUGGUGUUUUAAUUGAUGGAUAUUUUUGUGUUUUCAGGUUUUGGCUGAGAAUGGAAAUACUGUGAACUAAAAUUUCUAUCUGCCCCAAACCCCCAUCAUUUCACAACAUUUUUUUUUUUAACAUUUAGAUUCUCAACUACAAAUGUAGCUGGGUGGAAGUCAUUGACUGCAGAAUUUACUACAGCUCAACGCUGGGGGAGGGUUCUUUCCUCUCUCUAACAAAUGAGAUCAGUUUAAAAUGAAGAAGUCCGAGGAAGCUACGCUGCAGUGAUCGAAAAGCUUAGAAAUAAAACCUCAGCACUUAUAUUGAUAACAUUGUCCAAGCUUCCCUGAAAACACUUUCUAAAGCUUAAGCAGGAAAAAUGCAUUGUAAGAGUGAUGACAGCAGCUCACCAAUAAUUCUGUAAAAUAUGACUAAUAGUAUUGGAACAAGAAUAAAGAUUUUAGAUUUUUUUCAGGGGAGGAAACACACAAACACAAUGACUGGUUUUUGGUUACAGACAAAUCAGAUCUAACUUCUUAAUGUGAAAGUCUGCUACCUGCCAGAAACUCAAAAACUCUUUUGUGAACAAUUUUUCAAAGACUGUCCAGUCUAUCCCUAAGUAAAGUGAGACUUCAAAUCAGCAGAGAAUUAAAAUAUAUUUACUUAAAAAAGAAAAAAAAAACUCAUGCAGAAGGGCAUCUGAUGUUUUACAGACAUUCCAACACCUUCAGGAAAUUUGAACUCACACCAAAGGAUCUGAUAGUCAUUUGAGUCUCCAUCUGUACUGGAACACAUGUGCACACACAAUGCACACUGAAUCACUCCAAUGGAAAAAAAAAAAAAACUGGUCUUAAAUAAUAGAAGUCCUCUACCAUUUCUCUUAACCGCAACUGCUUUGGCGGCUUGAAACAGAGUGACUUAGGGUGAUCUGGUCAUAAAGCUUCCUUUGGUGCUAGAAGCCACGAUGCUAAGCUCUAAGCAGCUCUGCUCCAGGGACACAGUGACUGUAAACUACACAGCCCAGAAGAAGUCUAAGACUUGGGCAAUUUGGGGAGCGAACUAAGAAGGAGGCAGUACGUGUUCUGAUUUAUCUCAGUCAACUGCUUCUCAGUGUCUUCUGUUAUUUGCUUCCUGUUUUCAGCUUGUUGUCAGAAUUUGGAUGUACUAAAAUUACUUUGCACAAUUCUUUCUUGUAAACAAAAAUAUCUCUGCCAUUUUCAAAUCCCUGAUCUCUAUAAAAAAAUCUUCUAGUAUUUAGGAAUAAAACAAAAGGAAACUUUC